UAGUUUUUGGUUCAGAAAGCAAAAUGAUUCGCAUUAGUUGGCGAUGAAUUAGCGCAAAGGCAUUUGAUCUAAGCUGAGUUAGGGGUUAAUCUCUCCAGCCUGAUCAAUGGAAUUAUUCCUUCCCUUCCCCGUCAAAGCUCAAAGCCGCAUACUUCUCUGUCACACAAAGCGGUGCAGCUCCACACGGCACCUGCCUACCUAGGGCGCCUAUGGGCAGGAUAGCUUGGUUGCCCCGCUCGCCGCGCCAGCUCGCUCUCGCGCCGUCUCCUAUAAAUCUCUCGCCUCGCCGCACCAGCUGCGGCGAAAGGUUGGCUAGAGAUUUCGACAGGCGCGCGUGCGAUAGUUUGUCGCAUCUGUUUCCGCUCCUGCUCAUAGCGCUGAUACUAGCUGCUUGUAACCGCGGAGUGAUCGAUCGGCGAGCGAUAUGGCGGCGUCGCAGCGGAGCGUGGCCGUGUCGGCGAAAUGCGCCGCCGCGUCGUGGGCGGAGGAGCGGCGUCCGUUCACGGACCCGAUCGAGAUCCCGGCGCCCUCGGGCGCGGCGACGGCGAGGCGGGAGGACACGGAGUACGGGGAGGGUGACUACGGCGGCAGCGGCAGCGGCUGCGGCGGCGAGGUGGUGCCGCCGCACGUGCUGCUGGCGCGGCGCAGGGCGGCGUUCUCGAUGUGCUCGGGGCAGGGGCGGACGCUCAAGGGCCGGGACCUCCGCCGCGUGCGCGACUCCGUCCUCCGCAUGACCGGCUUCAUCGAGAGCUAGCGCGCCGCGCGGGCGGCGGGCGGCCAUGCGCGCGCGCGCGAGACUUGGCCUGGCCGAAAUGGUCACGCGACCAGAUUAAUUAGUUGGUUUAUUAUGUCAUAUCUGCGAGACAUUUUCCUCGAUGACAUUUUGUAAAAUUGGUUCGAAAUGUGAGGUGAAUAUAUAUAUGUCUGUUGAUGGCUGCAAACGUA